ACGUUCCAAAAACGCCGAAGUGACGUUCAUCCCGCCGCCGCACAGAGCAACAAACCCAAGCUGGCGUACCACACGCGAGAGCAACGUUUGCUUUCAUAAUAACAGAACUCUCACGGUCCACAUCACAUCUGUGCUUUAAAACUGUGAAGCGUUUGAGCACAUUUCGAGCGGAUACAGCGGAAAUAUCACAGAAGGAGCAGCAAAACUGCCGUAAUUCAUUGAAACCCCGCGGUGAAGUCGGACACGCUGAUGGCGGCGACAGUGGAGGAUCUCUACCGUAACUAUGGCAUCCUCGCCGACGCAAAAGAGGAUCUCAGCACGCACAAAGAUGCUUAUCAGGUAAUUCUGGAUGGCGUUAAAGGGGGUCCAAAGGAGAAGCGACUGGCUGCACAGUUCAUUCCUAAAUUUUUCAGCAGUUUUCCAGAGCUGGCCGAUGCAGCCAUCAACGCACAGCUCGAUCUGUGUGAGGAUGAGGAUGUAUCCAUCCGAAGGCAGGCUAUCAAAGAGCUCCCCCGUUUCGCAUCAGGAGAAAAUUUACCCAGAGUCGCAGACAUCCUCACACAGCUGUUGCAGACAGAUGAUUCUGCUGAAUUCAAUCAAGUUAACACGGCUUUGAUUUCCAUAUUCAAAAUCGACGCAAAAGGAACUUUGGGAGGCUUGUUCAGUCAGAUCCUGCAGGGAGAAGAUAUUGUUCGAGAAAGAGCAAUUAAGUUUCUCUCUACUAAGCUGAAAAUGAUGCCAGAUGACACGAUGACAAAGGAGGUUGAGGAUUACAUCUUCAUAGAGACAAAAAAGGUGCUAGAGGAUGUGACGGGGGAGGAGUUUGUGCUUCUGAUGCGUAUCCUGUCCGGGCUGAAGAGCAUGCAGACCGUGAGCGGGCGGCAGCAGCUGGUGGAGCUGGUGGUGGAGCAGGCCUUCCUAGAGCAGGCGCUAAACCCCGCGGAUGCUGACAGCGUCGACCGCCUCUUGCAGUGCACACGCCAGGCCUUGCCACUCUUUUCUGUGAGUGAAACCACAGCAACGAAAAAUGUGCAUUCUACUCGCUUUGUGACAUACUUCUGUGAAUUUGUUCUGCCUAACCUCAGUCUGCUCACCAGCCCUGUAGCAGAACUGGACAUCCAGCUUGAGGUACUAAAGUUGUUAGCAGAAAUGAGUCCGUAUUGUGGGGACAUGGACAAACUGGAGGUCAACCUUAAUAUGCUGUUUGAGAAGCUCCUGGAGUUCAUGCCCCUGCCUCCAGAGGAGGAGAACGGAGAGAACGCUGCAAAUGAAGAGCCCAAACUGCAGUUCAGCUACGUGGAGUGUCUGCUCUUCAGCUUCCACCAACUGGGCAAAAAGCUACCUGACUUUCUCAUCGACAAAAUCAGCGCAGAGAAGCUGAAGGACUUCAAGAUCAGGUUACAGUAUUUUGCACGGGGACUACAAGUAUAUAUCCGACAACUGCGUGUUGCUUUGCAAGGCAAGACUGGAGAUGCACUGAAGACAGAGGAGAAUAAAAUCAAAGUUGUGGCUUUGAAGAUCACCAACAACAUAAACGUUUUAAUCAAGGAUCUGUUUCAUAACCCUCCAUCCUAUAAAAGCACAGUCACUCUGUCCUGGAAACCGGUGCAGAAGACAGAGGCGGCGGCGGCAGCAAUUGGCCAGAAGAGGCACUCUGGAGAAGACAUCGGGACAACAGCAACAACAAAGAAGCUUCCCACAACUUUGCCCAGGAGGGACGCCCGGCAAAUAUACAAUCCACCCAGCGGGAAAUACAGUGCCAGCAUUGGGAACUUCUCAUACGAACAACGCGGAGGCUUCAGGGGCGGCCGCGGCCGGGGCUUCGGAGGAAGAGGGAACAGAAGCCGAGGCCGGAUUUAUUAAGAGGACUGCAUAUGUUUCUAUACCCAUGCAACUGCAUUACCACAACACAACAGUAUCUGUGCUGUGUUGACCCUGUUUCUCCCCGCUGGUACUUCCUGCGUCUCACAGUCCACCAUCCAUUCUGUUCCUCUCCACGUUGUUGUUUUUUUUUUUUUUUAUUCUUGGGUGUAUUUUUGAAAAUCCGUACACAGCCUCUUGUCAUUGGUUAUCUGUUUGGUUACAAAUGUGUGGAUUCUUUUUCUUUCUGGAUCAUCUUUGUGGAACAAAAGACUGCCAAGGUGUAUUUGUUUUUUUUAAGUGUUUUUGUAUGGUGACAUGCAUCCUUUGUAUCUUUUUUUUUUUUUAACUUUUUAAUUUUUCUGAGCUUUUGUCGGUUCAAAAAUCACAAAUUUGUAAGACGUAAAAAUAUCCUUCUGAAUUUUAUCAUAAACUUGUGUGGGUCAAAUCUUAUGCUUUCUUCCUUUUUUUUCCAGGACAUAAAUAUUUAAGUUUGUAUGACCUGAUGUUUUUGUUAACUUAAUUAUUUUGAGUUAAAGUAUAGAUUUUUUUUUUUUUCCCCCUUCAAGAUAAAAUAUUCCCUGGAAGUUGUCCUUUUAGAGUAGGAAUGUCUUUUCAAUCUAUUACAAAAAUAAUUUAAGAAACCAAUCGUGUUCAAAUAUUGCUUGCAUAGGUUUGAGUUCACUUUCGAUUUCAAAGAUUGUGCAUGCUUAGUUUGUAGGAGAUAUUUAAAUGUUUUUGAUUUACGCAGAUCAGACAUUUAUGUAUUGCAGCUGUUCGUUUUCAUUUCAAACAAGUUUUUUUUCACCCACAUUAAAAUCUUUUUGCCUUUUUCAA